AUGGAGAACCAAGGCGCCGAGCUGCAGAAUUACGAAGACGUGCACAGAAGCGGUUACCUCCGCAAGCACAAAUCGAUGCACCGGCGCUUCUUCGUGCUGAGGGCGGCCUCGGAGCGUGGUCCCGCUCGCUUGGAGUAUUACGAGAACGAGAAGAAAUUCCGCAGCAAAUCUCCCGUACCCAAGAAAGUGCUGAACCUGGAGACGUGCUUCAACAUCAACAAGCGGGCCGAUUCCAAGAACAAGCACCUGAUCGUGCUCUACACCCGCAGCGAGAGCUUUGCCAUCGCCGCGGACAGCGAGGAGGUCCAAAACGAGUGGUACCAAGCCAUGCUGGACCUCCAGUGCAAUUGUAAAUCACCUGAAGACUACGGCAGUAGUGGAGAGUGUAGCUCCCCAUCUCCAAUUCCAACUUUUAAAGAAGUGUGGCAGGUUAAAGUUUGGCCAAAAGGUCUUGGACAUGCCAGGAAUUUAGUAGGCAUCUACCGACUGUGCCUAACUGACAAGACAGUCAACUUUGUCAAACUCAACUCUGAUGUGGCCGCUGUGGUUUUGCAGCUGAUGAAUGUUCGCAGAUGUGGCCAUUCAGAAAAUUUUUUCUUCAUUGAGGUGGGUCGUUCAGCCAUAACCGGGCCCGGGGAGUUUUGGAUGCAAGUGGAUGAUUCUGUGGUGGCUCAGAAUAUGCACGAGACCUUGCUGGAGGCCAUGAAAGCACUGAGCGAGGAGUUCCGUCAGCGCAGUAAAUCUCAGUCUGUCGGGACUUCGUGCGGCGGUGGGACAGUUUCAAACCCCAUCAGUGUUCCGAGUCGCCGGCAUCAUCCCAAUUUGCCGCCCAGUCAGGUGGGCUUCACCAGGCGCGCCCGCACAGAGACCCCUGGUGGAAGCAGUACCAGCACUUCACCGACGUCACGCCACGGAUUCCCGCGGGCUCGAACGGCAAGCAUUGGUGCCAGGUCUGAGGAGAGUGGCACAAGUACUAGGUCGACAUGGGCCAGCUCCAGCCCAAGUCUUAACGGGUCCUGCUCAACAACACCGACGCUGAGGCCUAAGCCCACCAGAGCCCCUACUCCUGCAAAGAUUACCCUCAGCCUCGCUCGCUACACGCCCAACCCCGCUCCCUCUCCUGCUCCUAGCCUGUCCUCCAGCUCCGGACACGGGUCUGAGUGUGGCCUUGUGGGCGCGGCAGUUGGAGGUAUGACGGUGUGCUCCUACUCCCGUGUGUCUCAGAGAGUUUCCGUUUCAGGUUCACCUAGCGACUACGGCUCCUCGGACGAAUACGGCUCCAGUCCCGGUGAACACUCAUUGCUCAUGCCAAGUAUGGCUGCCCAUCACGGGCAUGGUGAAGGAACUUCGAGCUACAUAGUUAUGGGUCAACGAGAGGGGCUCCUUGGUUCCCAUCAUCGCUCCAAAGGUAGACGCAUUCUUCGUCGCUCAUCCAGUCGAGAUUCUGAAGCAGAACGAAGACUCUUAAGUAAAAGAGCGUCUCUGCCUUUGGCCACCCACGAACGUGUGUUCCCGCAUCGAAAAGAUGAUGACGAGAACAAUGAAGAAUAUGCCAUAAUGUCACAGAAUGUGAACAGAGUGGUCUCUGACAGCGUGACGAUGGGGGGCGGGCGACGUGAUGUGGCAGGGGACAGCAGGAAAAGAUUUGACAAAAGGAGAGAAGCAAAUGCAAGAGCUCCUUCAGAUAGCGGCUACAUGUCAAUGCUACCUGGAGUUACAUCUCCAGCGGCAGACGAUGAGUACAUGGCCAUGACGCCAAACAGCAGCGUGUCCCCACCUCAGCACAUGCGGCAGCCUAGCUCGGAGGGUUACAUGGUCAUGUCUCCUAAUAGUAGCGUCGCCACAGAGUUGCAUGGACUGGGUAUGUGGGAUAAUAGGGUGAGCAUGGAGAGCCAGGCUUCUAGUGAUUACAUGAACGUCUCACCUAUCAGUAGCCGCUCUGCCUGUAGCACGCCACCUUCACACCCUGAACAGCAUCAACUACAACCAAAAAUGUUUAAUUCCUACUUCUCUCUGCCCCGAGCGUAUCAGCAUACCCUCUAUAGUCGCUUUGAGGAGGAUUUAAACAAAGGGGAAUGCAAAAAAGACACUAGUGAUAGCACUGGAAUAGGUGGGGGAGCAAGUUUCAACAAGAGAAACAAAAUGGGAGCGGUGCCUACUGGAGGUUUCCAACUCUCAAUGUCUUCCUCUUCCUUUUCCUCAAGCUCAGCCAGCAGUGAAAGCCUGGAGGACAAGACCAUAUCAGCAGGGAAAGGGUUAAGUUUGUACAAGAAUGCUGGAACGUGCACCAUAGAUGGCCGUCACCUACCAAAACGCGGAUCGAGCUGCAAGAGCCCAAAGCAACAAAGGAGGGGUAGGCCUCUCAGUGUGUCUUCAGACAUCGCUAAAGCAAACACCUUGCCUCGUGUGAAGGAGAAUCUGCCUCCAAUGGUGGCUCACAACGUCGGUGAGUAUGUCAGUAUUGUCUUUAAGGAAGACAAUAAUUAUACUGGCGAACGACGUGCAUUGUCGGAUAGAGCGCAAGAUGUAAUUCACGGAACCCUCCGCCCCUCAAACCAGCCCGUCCUUGUUCCUGAUAAUGCUGCUAACCUCCCUCGUAGCUUCUCUGCACCGUUGUCCACAUCUGCUGAGUAUGUCAGUAUGGAUGUAGGGAAGUCAUCAACACCCCUAAGGUCAACAUUCAGUCCCCCGCAGGGUCCACCAGCUGUCGCCCCGAUGGUUCGAUGUGAACAUGGCACAUCAUCUCCUCUGGGAACAGAAGGAAACUCUGUGUAUCGAUCCAAAGGAAAGAUAGCAGCAGACACCCUGAAUUCAUUCAUUGACAACAACAUUUCAGAUCCCAGCCUUUCAGCGAGACCUGCCACCCACUCAGGUCCUCCUGUCUCCGUGGAGGAGGAGCCAGGCCUGGGGUUUUCUCCAGUCAAGACCUUCCUGUCUCCCGAGCAUGGUAGUAGACUUGUCCGGACUGACAGUCAGGGUCGGCGGGGUCAUCAUUCAGAGAACUUUAACUCCCCUCCUUCCGUACCUCGACAACUACCCUCCACUACCAACACCUUCUCAGAGGGGGGCCAGCCAGCGGGCCACCGGCACACUUCGGACUCCUUGCUGUGGGAAAGCAGUCAGGCAGCUAGUUUGUCCGACACGGCACCUCCACAAGCCUCUGCUGAACAAGGCCUUAACUAUAUUGACCUUGACUUGGCCAUUAAGGAGAGCCCUCAAGCGGGAGCUGAGCGUUCUUCUGCUGCCUACAACAUGGGAGCGGGCGCUCUAGGCAGUGGGGCAGGCUCUAGUCUGAAUACGUACGCCAGUAUUGACUUUUAUAAGUCGGAGGAACGGAGAGCCCACCAAAUUGGCAGAAAGGAUGAUCGAGAGCUUAAGCACACCGUGGCCUAG